AAAAGAAAGAGAAACAAGUGGAAAGGUAAGCGAAGAUGUCUCAUCUCCUAUAAAGAGGCGAUGUAUGCUCUGAUGAAUUGACCAAGUCUAUCUCUCUGUCUCUCUUCUUCCUUUCAACUCUCUCUAUAUAAACACAAUAGUUACUUAGUCAGAUGGAUCUCUCAUUUAUUCAUUCAUUAAUAUUCACUCUUUGUCAAGUUUAAAGAUGAGUGCUGACCACGAUGAUGAAGCUCAAGAAAAUCGUCCAGCUCCACGUUUGAAUGAAAGGAUUCUUUCAUCUAUGUCAAGGAGAUCAGUAGCUGCACACCCUUGGCAUGAUCUUGAAAUUGGACCUGGAGCUCCCCAUAUUUUCAAUUGUGUUGUGGAAAUCACUAAAGGAAGCAAGGUCAAAUAUGAACUUGACAAGAAAACUGGCUUAAUUAAGGUCGAUCGAAUUUUGUAUUCGUCGGUUGUUUAUCCUCAUAACUAUGGUUUUAUCCCUCGCACACUCUGUGAAGACAAUGAUCCGAUUGAUGUCCUAGUUCUCAUGCAGGAGCCAGUUCUUCCUGGUUGUUUCCUGCGAGCCAGAGCCAUUGGACUUAUGCCAAUGAUUGAUCAGGGAGAGAAGGAUGACAAAAUCAUUGCAGUAUGUGCUGAUGAUCCAGAAUAUAAGCACUUCACUGACUACAAAGAACUUGCACCUCACCGCAUCUCUGAAAUUCGACGCUUUUUUGAAGACUACAAAAAGAAUGAGAACAAGGAGGUGGCAGUUAAUGAUUUUCUACCUCCAAGCACCGCGGUUGAAGCCAUCCAGCACUCAAUGUCAGUAUAUCUCGAGCAAUUUAAUGUGUCGAAUUUAAACUGACUUUAUGGGAUCUUUACGCAGAAUAUAUUCUGCACAGCUUGAGGCGAUAGACAAGAAUGUUGUUCUCCAAUCUCCAUUAAUAAUUAAUCAGAAUAAGCUGCAAUCUACACAGUUAUAAAAUAUCUUUUGAUCAACUGUAUCUAUACUUUUAUUAUUAUGAUUUUUUAUUUAGUUGGAUAAUAUACCCACUUGAAUGGUUCAUCAAGUGAAAAACCACUAUCAACUGUGUUUGAUAUGUAAUGCUUCUCAUGUAGAAUCCUAAAAAUUGAAGUGUUUUAACAAUGUUAACAACUUUCCGUGGCAUGAUUUGGUAUUAUGUUUUUACCAAUA